AUGGAGAACAAUGACAAUUUGUCUACAACCAUGGCAAACCCUCAGACUGGAGUGAGCAACACUGAAGUGGGAGGUGGAGAAAUCACCGGCAAAGUGGAGAGUGGAGGAAAUCCAGGCACUCCUGCUGAUUCCUGGGAUGUCAGUGCAACAGGCCUGAGCAAGGGAGGGCUCCCCACUGUGGUCGAGACUCCAGUCUCUUCAGUGGUGAGCCCAACCACUGACUCACCAGGAGGGGUGGCUCUUAAAGUAGCCACAACAGUACUACAGCCCAUCUGCCUCGGGGAGAGCCCAUUGAUGCUGCCUGUUCACCUCCAGAUGGCUGGAGCAGCUGGACCUCAGCUUGGCCAAAUGGGGGCAGCACCAUACUUCAUAACCAGCCAGGGCCCAGUUUCACUGCCUUUGGUCUUAGAUCAGCAGGUCCUCCAGCACCUGAGUCCCUCUGUAAUGCCCCAGACAACCAACUGUCCGGCCUUGCCACUCCAAAACAAUGUCAUAUGUCAGAAUAGCUCUUUGACAUUUGGGUUGCCUCCAGUUGUGGACCAAAAGUCAGGAGGACAAGCCCAGGAUUUCAACCUGAUUUCUCUUCUUCAAAAUCCGGCCUUUGCAGCCAUUUUGCAGGACCUCUUCCCUUCCCCAGCGAGUUCCUCAUCCUGUCAGUCACCGGGCUCUGUGCCAACAGACUCAUUUACCUCCAAUUUUUUCCCACCUCCUCCCCUGACUCAUCCCUACACCUCCCCCCUAGCCCCUCUAGUCCCUCCAGCCACCCUUCUAGUCCCCUAUCCAGUCGUCAUUCCUCUGCCAGUGCCUCUGCCUAUCCCAGUUCCUAUUCCCAUUCCUAUCCCUCAGACUGAGGACUCAAAGGGGAACAUGCCAAAAUCAGUUUGCACUGUGAGUAAAAGCACUCAGACUUCCACAAAAGAUACUACCUCUCCUUUCUCUCCGAGCAGAUUUAUGUCAUCAACUAAUCCGCAAAAUGUGCCCCCAUCCUCACUUCCUUUGGUUGAAGAAGAAGUUUUAGAUCUCUCUGUCAGAACAUGUCCGAUUGAACCAAAACAAGAGUAUCCCUGUCCACAGGACAAUGUGCUUGACUUGUCAGUAGGCAGUGCAAGGAAAAAAUGUAGUCGGUCAUGUGAUUCUAGCGGACUGCCAUCAGUUGAGAGGGAGUUUGCUUUUCAACCUAGCCAAAAUAAUCCUGGUACUGCCUUGUCUCUGGGUGUAUUGCGACCAGUUGAGUGCAGCGAAAAUUUAGAGUCCAAACUCCUGAGCAGCCUAGCCUCCCUGGAGUUCAGUCGACAACAUAAGUGGGUGGUUGAUAGUAGUUCUGGUGGGCCCGCUUCUCUUGGCCGUGAGGCAUCGCUCAGCGGAGCGGGAAACCUGGAGAUAGUGAGCACCUCGCAGACUGCCAAAGUCAUUGUGUCGGUGAAGGACGCGAUUCCUGCCAUUCUCUGCGGAAAAAUCAAGGGCUUGUCAGGGGUAUCCACAAAGAACUUUUCAAUCAAACGCGAUGGCAGCCAGGGGGCGUCUCUUCAACAACUCUACAGUGCUCCAUCCAGGACCCAAGGGGAGCAGCAUGACCCGAACGACCCACUCCGAAAGGUUCCUAAAAACAGAGCCAUUAAACUGAAGAAGGUCAGCUCACAAGAGAUCCACUUUCUUCCCAUUAAGAAACAGCGACUAGCAGCAUUUCUCCCCAGGAAGUGAAAGUGUUUGCCAGAGAGGGAGUAAUUUCUGGACUGCUCUCUGGCAGAGAAUAUAACUAUAACAUAAAACACAUGUGGAGACAUUCUCUAAUCAAACUGUAUAUCCAUA